UGUCUUUUAUUUUGAUACACUUAAAUGACAUUUCAUACCGGAAGACGGAAGUAAUUCUUUUCUGUUGCUCAUUUACACCACAGGAAACAACUGAGUACUUUAAACUUGCAUAGGAUCCUUCAUUACUUUUAUUUUUCUGGAAAAUGUGGCAUGACAUUUCAACUGGUUCAAUCAUUAGUAAUUAUUUUCUGCCAUGAAUGGACCAUGUUUUCUUUAGUGAGAAGGGGAAACUCUGUUGCUUCACUUAGCAAAAGCCGUCUAACUAUCCAUGCUAUUGCUGUUAACACAGAACAACUCUCCUUAUCUUCCCAAGAAGAGUACUUGAAUAUGUAAUAACUUUAAACCUUGAAAGAACUGGAAUCAAAGAUGGCAGCAGCUUAUUUUCUGACCUCGUGGCUGUCAAGAAAACAUGCUUUGUUUUCAAUGGCUUUCCUGUGCAGGCUUGCCCUUGUUUUUUAUGGAGUAUACCAGGACUGCACAAUGAUGGUGAAAUUCACAGAUACUGACUAUCUUGUCUUCACAGAUGGAUCUCGGUUUAUUACUCAGGGGCUAUCUCCGUACAGAAGAGCCACUUACCGCUACACCCCUUUACUUGGUUGGAUUCUCAUGCCAAAUAUAUACCUCACCUCGUUAUUUGGGAAGAUUCUUUUUGUGACUUGUGAUGUUGCAUCUGCACACAUAACUUAUAAAAUGCUUAAAAUUCAAAAAAUUAAUUCUAAUCAGGCAUGUCUGUAUUGUGCUUUGUGGCUAAUUAAUCCCUUACCAAUGAUUGUUUCAAGCCGAGGGAAUGCAGAGUCAAUAUUAACACUGCUAGUGACUUCUACUCUAUAUUACAUGGAAAAGAAAAGUCUCUGGAUUGCUGGUGUGUGCUAUGGGCUAUCUGUUCACAUAAAGAUCUAUCCUGCAAGUUACAUACUGCCUAUAGCCCUCUACCUUCAGUCCCCAAAUAAACCAAAAGUAGAAUUAAAAGAGAAUACAAUCACUGGGAAAAUUUCAAGCUAUAUUUCUCAUCAUCUUAACAGGGACUUGUUCUUGUUUAGUUUUGUUGCUGCUGGAACCUUUAUGGCACUGAGUCUACUCUUUUAUGAUCUGUAUGGCAUGGAAUUUAUAGAACACACAUACUUGUACCAUUUGACCAGAAGAGACAUCCGCCAUAAUUUCUCACCUUACUUCUUUAUGCUAUACUUAACAGCAGAGAGUGACUGGAGUCUCUUCUUGGGAUUGGCUGCAUUCCUUCCACAGUUUGUACUGUUGAUCAUUACAUCACUGGCCUAUUACAAAGAUUUGCCAUUUUGCUGUUUUUUACAGAGUGCUAUUUUUGUCAGUUUCAACAAAGUCUGCACUUCACAGUACUUCUUAUGGUAUUUGUCAUUACUUCCUCUGGUUCUUCCUUCCUUGGUGAUGUCAACAAAUAAAGUUUUUGGCCUGCUAAUCUUAUGGUUUGCUGGACAGGGCUUGUGGUUGGCUCCUGCAUACUAUCUGGAAUUUGAAGGAAAGAACACCUUUGACUUAAUCUGGCUUGGUGGGUUGCUGUUCCUGGCUAUUAACUCAUUCAUACUUGGACAAAUCAUUUCUAAUUAUAAACCAAAAAGUUCAAUGAAAAAAGACAAACUUUUUUAAUGCUUUGAGACAAAACAGGUUGUUUAAGGUUUUAUCUCACAAGUAAAUGUGUAAUUUAUUUUGGGUAAGGGCAUUUGCUAAAUAAUAAUACGUUAAAUAUUUAUUGCAUUUUUGAUUAAUGUGCAAUGAAUUUUGAAUGUCUCUAUAAAAUAAAGGAAAACUGCAUUUGUUCAGGUAAA